UUCAUCGACGUGCCGGCUGGGACGCAGAACGGGCGCGUGUGGGGGCGCACGGGUUGCGGCUUCAUCAUCAACGAGACGCUGGGGCAGUGCCAGACGGGCGACUGCGGCGGCACGCUGGUGUGCAAGCAGGUCGGGGCGCAGCCCAUCACGCUGGCCGUGUACUCGCUCGGCAAGAACGGCGGCGCCGAUUACUUCGACAUCUCCCUCGUGCACAGCUUCAACGCGCCCAUGGCGUUCCUCCCUACGGGCGGCGCCAAGUGCGCCAGGGGUGGGCCGUCGUGUCCUGUGCAGGAGAUCACGUUCAAGUGCCCCUCCGAGCAGAGGCAGGUAGCCGGGUGCGGCAACCCGUGCGACGGCAAGAGCAACUGCGGGCCGAACAACGGCACGGAGUACUUCAAGAAGUCGUGCCCAGAGACGAUCACCUACCCCAAGGACACGAGCAACACCAUCUACACGUGCCCGGCCGGGACAAACUACGAGAUCACCUUCUGCCCAUGAAUGAGGUAGCUGGCAUGCUGAGCCCACCGACGGAGCAAGUGAUCGGUUUGGUCUUGGGCUCUGUCUCUCGCUCUCAUUAUGUGUGUAUGCCUACGUGCACAUAGAUAAACCUUAAUCUGAUGUUAUCGUGCUAAAUAAAAAGCUGGCCAUAUGCAAACGGUAUACAUGUAAUGAUGAACACCGAACAUGGAUGUAAACAUACCCUAUUCAACAACAAGAAUAAAACCUUCA